CGGUCCAGGUGCGUAGGACUUUUCGAGAAGACCCGCAUAGAGCACGUUGUUCUCGGCCUCUCCCUGAGCUAGGCCAACCAUGGCGGCGGUGAAGACCCUUAACCCUAAAGCCGAGGUGGCCCGGGCGCAGGCAGCGCUGGCAGUGAACAUCAGCGCUGCACGGGGCCUGCAGGAUGUUCUGAGGACCAACUUGGGGCCUAAGGGUACCAUGAAGAUGCUUGUUUCUGGUGCUGGAGACAUCAAGCUUACCAAAGAUGGCAAUGUGCUGCUUCACGAAAUGCAAAUUCAACACCCAACAGCCUCUUUAAUAGCGAAAGUGGCCACAGCCCAGGAUGACAUAACGGGCGACGGCACCACGUCCAACGUCCUCAUCAUUGGGGAGCUGCUGAAGCAGGCGGACCUCUACAUCUCCGAGGGUCUUCACCCCAGGAUAAUAACUGAAGGAUUUGAAGCUGCAAAGGAAAGGGCCCUCCAAUUUUUGGAACAAGUGAAAGUAAGCAGAGAGAUGGACAGAGAAACACUCGUCGAUGUGGCCAGAACAUCUCUGCGAACUAAAGUUCAUGCUGAACUUGCAGAUGUCUUAACAGAGGCUGUGGUGGACUCCAUUUUGGCCAUUAAGAAAAAAGAUGAACCUAUUGACCUCUUCAUGGUUGAGAUCAUGGAGAUGAAACAUAAAUCUGAAACUGAUACAAGCUUAAUCAGAGGGCUUGUUUUGGAUCAUGGAGCACGGCAUCCUGAUAUGAAGAAAAGGGUAGAGAAUGCCUACAUCCUCACAUGCAACGUGUCUUUGGAGUAUGAGAAAACAGAAGUGAAUUCUGGGUUCUUUUAUAAGAGUGCGGAAGAGAGAGAAAAGCUAGUAAAAGCUGAAAGGAAGUUCAUUGAAGACAGGGUUAAAAAGAUAAUAGAGCUGAAGAGGAAAGUCUGUGGUGACUCGGAUAAAGGAUUUGUCGUCAUUAAUCAAAAGGGGAUUGACCCCUUUUCCUUAGAUGCCCUUGCAAAAGAAGGCAUUGUGGCUCUGCGUCGGGCCAAGAGGAGAAACAUGGAGAGGCUGACACUUGCUUGUGGUGGGGUGGCUCUGAAUUCCUUUGAUGACCUGAAUCCUGAAUGUUUGGGACAUGCGGGUCUUGUCUAUGAGUAUACCUUGGGUGAAGAGAAGUUCACCUUUAUUGAGAAAUGUAAUAAUCCCCGUUCUGUCACAUUGUUGGUUAAAGGACCAAAUAAGCACACACUGACUCAAAUCAAGGAUGCUAUAAGAGAUGGCUUGAGGGCUGUCAAAAAUGCCAUUGAUGAUGGCUGUGUUGUCCCAGGUGCUGGUGCAGUAGAAGUGGCAAUGGCAGAAGCUCUGAUUAAAUACAAACCCAGCGUGAAGGGCAGGGCUCAGCUUGGAGUCCAGGCAUUUGCGGACGCCUUGCUCAUUAUUCCCAAGGUUCUUGCGCAGAACUCUGGUUUUGACCUUCAGGAAACACUAGUCAAAGUUCAAGCGGAGCAUUCAGAGUCGGGUCAACUAGUAGGUGUGGACCUGAACACAGGUGAGCCGAUGGUGGCAGCCGAGAUGGGGGUGUGGGACAACUACUGUGUGAAGAAGCAGCUGCUGCACUCCUGCACUGUGAUUGCCACCAACAUUCUCCUGGUGGAUGAGAUCAUGAGAGCCGGGAUGUCCUCUCUGAAAGGUUGAGGAAGUCUCCCUUGUCACUGCAUCUGUAAUACUACAGGAUGACGUGGGGAAAUGGUCGUUUUUAUCCAAGCUUCAAGUGAUUUGGAAAAGAAAUUUUCUCUUCCCGGUUGAAGAAAAGGGAACAGGACAUUUGGCACCUAUUCAAAUUAUAAUACUGUAAAAAAAAAAUUUUCUCUAAGUGUACUCAUAAAGCAGACACACUGAACAAGAUGUUUCAGCUACAAUGAUACAAAAUUACAUAUUAAGAUAAGUGUGUUGUCUUCCUUGUUCCUUAAAUGUUCUUUGAAAAAUUGUAAUGGUUUUCUCCUAAACAAGGCAUAGUGGAGCAAGCCUGUAAGCCUAGCACUUUGGGGGGAAAAAAGGUCAGGGCGUUCUUUUCCAACUCAGGCUGCAGGAGACCCCCCAGCUCAAAAGAUUUUUUUAGCGGAUGUAUUAUAAAUUAGCCAACUAACUCUAUGUUAAACAUGUAAGAUUCUUACCAGUGCAAAACAUGUGGUUAAUUUAUGGUUUUCAUAGUGUCUCUAAUAAAUACUUAAAGGUACUGGA